GAUUCGCUAAUAAGCAAACGAUACCAAGAUUACACCAACGCGUAUCCAUCGCCACCAAGUUGGUUGCUAACGACUGGUGGGUUGGCAUGCGACGCGCGCAGGCCUCACCGCCGCCCUAUCUACCUAGGAAAUGGCAGGAAAGGGACCUCAAACCUCAACCAGCCUUUACCCUCUAAUCGCCAUGGCAACUCACGAUUUCCGCUUCGAAUUUAUUUGGCAAACGAUGCAACUCGGUGGCUUAUAUUAUACAUAUAUUCACUAUUGCUUCUUAUUUGAUUGAAUGAAGUCUCACAGGGUACAGUCUUGUUGUGAUGCUGCUGAACAAAAGCAGUGGAGGGGUAGGGAGUAUGGCCUUUUAAAUAUUCGUCUAUACGCGACUUGCAUUCAAUUCAUACUCGCGCACAUCGCACACACACACACACCUUGAGAGCAGCAGAGUACACGAAGCAGAAGCAAUGCCUGGCUGUAUAAUAAUAGCUGUCUCGCUUGCACCGCACUAUAUCAGCAUCCUCCACCAUCGAAACAGUAUAUGUUUCUUUGUCGCGCACGCUGGUUGCAUCAUUGAUCGCGCACUAGCGACCGUCGAAUGCGUCUCGCUGCUCGUUGGUGUGUUUGCAACGAACCGAAGUGGCCUGUAGCCCCGGAUAGAACAAAGAAACGCUAAUUUAAAAUUCCACUUUCGGCUUGGAGUAUUAGGACCGACGCUUCUUCACAUCCCACAUUUGUUUUACAGAAAUAUUUGAUCAUUUUUCUUAUUUGGCAACUUAUUUGGCAGUUAUCGCUGAAUUUCCGGCCACUAACACAGUCAGCUGAUUUGGUAAUCAAAAACUUGGCGUUUAAACUCCGUAAUUGACCCGACGCAAAAUUGAUAUGGUGUGACUUAGAUUUUUAAGAUGUCAUCUUUUUGGUUGAAAAUCAUUCACAGCUCUUACUAUAAUGCUGCAAAACAAAACCACAUUUUAAUCAAAUCUGCAGCAACUGCUUGUGCAGCAGGUGGCGCCCUUGUCGUUUAUUCCACGUUCACCUCUAAUAAACAUGCACAAACAGAGAGCAGUCCUUUGGCGGCCGCAGCAGCUGCCCUUCGUUUCAUUCGUUCACUACGGAUUGGCCUUACAAUAUCAAUCGACUAUUGGUUGAAUCAACGCAUCCUUAAUCCCGAAUCCGAGGACUAUGAAAAAUGUAUGAGUAUAGUGCACUCACGCAACGCCAACCGCAUCCUUCACGGGUGUAUGAUCAACGGUGGGACGUACAUUAAAAUCGGACAAGGGUUGGUUAGUCUAAGUCACAUUUUACCUCGUGAAUAUAUCACGACUCUACAGUGGCUGCAAGAUAAAUGUCUGGUACGGAAAGGCGAUGAGGUUGAGCAGAUUUUUAUGGCCGAAUUCGGCAAAUCCCCGGAUGAUAUGUUCAAAAGUUUUCAACAUGAACCAAUUGCAGCUGCCAGCUUAGCGCAGGUAUUUGUAGCUACCACGAAAAAUGAUGAGAAAGUCGCUGUCAAGGUGCAAUACAAAGAUCUGCAAGAACGAUUUUCCAAUGACGUGUCGACAAUUGAAUUUCUCUUGCGUCUUGCCGCUUAUUUUCAUCCUACGUUCGACUUUACCUGGAUUUUGCAGGACUUGACAGAAAAUCUAAGAAACGAGUUGGACUUCAAAAAGGAAGGACAGAAUGCUGAAAAAUGCGCCGGUGACUUGGCACAUUUAAGCUACAUCUACAUUCCGAAAGUUUAUUGGGACCUAUGCUCCAAACGGGUGUUGGUUACGGAAUUUAUCGACGCCAUUAAAAUUAGCGAGAACGAAGCAUUAAUACAGAGAGGGCAUAGUUUGGCGGAUAUUGAUAAGAAGAUGUUUACAGCCUUUGGGGAACAAAUCUUUCAGAUUGGUUUUGUCCACGCCGAUCCUCACCCAGGCAAUGUAUUUGUACGAAAAUUUAAUAAUGAAACACAACUUGUCCUCCUUGAUCAUGGACUAUAUCAGCAAUUAAGUGAAGAUGAACGUAUUGGUUUAAGUAACUUUUGGCAAGCGAUUGUUAUCCGUGAUAGAAUCAAAAUGGAUAAAUAUUCAAAAGCUUUGGGCGUUCAAAACUACGCCGAAUUUGCAGAAGUCCUAACACAAACUCCUAUGAAGAAAGAAUUCAGACUUGUGACACGAUUAACUCAAACUGAUAUCGAUUAUAUUUCGGAAGUCGCACAACAUCGCUUAGACAUCAUUACGAAAACGUUGAAAGAAAUGCCUCGGAGUCUGCUUUUUGUGAUUAGAAAUCUAAACACCCUGAGAGCCAUCGCACACGAUCAUGGCAACCCUGUUAAUAGAUAUAGAAUUCUGGCGAGAAUUGCGACCAAAACAGCUUUUAAAAACGAAGAUUCCUUCUGGAUGAAAGUACGGUCAAUUCCGUUACGCAUUUCGUUCGAGUAUCAAUUAUUUUUGCAAAGGUCUUGGCUGGCAUUCAUGAAAUGGUACUUCAAGUUUUUGGAAAUGAUUGGACGAGCGCCGGACACUUCUGCUAUUCUGGCGCUCAUGUACUAAGCGGGAUGAUGAGUCGGAGUUUUUGUUCGAAUCAUACGCCACAUUUUAUUGAAUCGGAUGAGCAAAACAAAUCUGUUUUUACAAUCUACCCACGAUAGAAAAAUCAGCAUCGCAGCUUUACCGCUACGCAACUGUAAUAAAUACAUACGCGUGCGUUGGGUCUGGUUGAAGUGUGAUAAUUCGUGAUUAAGCAGUUUUCGCACGUAUUGCAGCGCGUUUUGAGGUGACAGCCUGAAAACAUACAAUAUUGCAGUAAGUACAAGUUCUGCGGCAAGGAAAACCAAUAAAAAUGCAUACCUGGAAA